CGAACGGUAGAGGGAAACAAACGGAAAGAUUCGAGUUUGUCUCCACGUGUCCCGGUGCAGAGCAGCGGAUCCCCUCCGGUGAGUCACGUGAGUGCAUGAGCCCGGUUCGGCUCGGCUCGGUUUGGUUCGGAUCGGCCCGCUGCGUCUCGCGGAUCGAAAGCAGCUCUGUCCUACCGGACCGUCUGUCCUGGUUCUUGUGGGGACGGGGCUAGACAAUCACCCUGGUCUGGUCUGGUUCUGGUCCCGGGUCAGUUUUAAGAGCUGGAACAUGUUGGAAGAGAUUCCAUAUGAGGGGGGGCAGCCCCAGUCCACCCAGUCCCCAUCCCAGGCCCAGUCCACCCAGUCCACCCAGUCCCCAUCCCAGGCCCAGUCCACCCAGUCUACGUCCAAGUCCCAGCCCGGUUCCAGUUCUUCCAGCGGUCCGAUCUCAGCCAGUCAGUCCUCCAGUGGCUCUGGGACCCUGAGCAGCGUGGACACCAUCCCUGUCCCCUUGUCCUCAGUCCCUGAAGAACCAGAACCUCAACCGUGGGGCCGCCUGCUGCCGAUGGCUCAGGGCUUCAGGAGCCUGGACUGCUUUGAGGACCAGUACCUCUUCGGGAGGGACUCCAAGUGUAAUUAUGUUCUGAACGAUCCAGAUGAAAUUCAAUCCAAGAAGUUCCGAAUAUAUAGCAAGAGACACUUCAGGAUCUACAGAGAGGGCACGGAGGUCUUUGUGCUGGACUUUAGUAACAACGGGACGUUUGUUGACGGCCUUCGUAUCGGUAAAGACAAGAAGCUUCCUCUGGUCAACAACGCUGUGAUCUCAUUGGCUGAGCAACGGAACAAAGUCUUUGUCUUUAUCGAUUUGAUGUCAGACCAUCAGUCCAGUUUACCUAAAGAGCUUCAGGAGAAGUAUCUUCUGACUCGACGCAUUGGAACAGGAGUGUGUGGGGAAGUCAAACUGGCCUUUGAGAGAUCGUCCUGCCAGAAGUUUGCUGUAAAAAUAAUAAACAAGAAGAACUUUCAUUCUGAAGGGACGGCGACACGAAACGCUCAGACGGAGAUCGAGAUUCUAAAGAGAGUCGACCACCCUUGUCUCAUAAAGACGGAGGACUUCUAUCAGACGGAGGACAGUUAUUACAUCGUGUUGGAGCUGAUGGAGGGAGGGGAGCUCUUCCAAAGAGUAAAGUCUCAGCAGCAGCUCGAUGAGUCCAUCACCAAACUUUAUUUCUAUCAGAUGCUGAAAGCAGUUCAGUACCUCCACAGUAAAGGAAUCAUCCACAGAGACCUGAAGCCAGAGAACAUUCUUCUGUCCUCACAGGAAGACGUGUGUCUCAUCAAGGUGACGGACUUCAAUCAGUCCCGGAUCCUGGAGGAGACCCUGCUGAUGAAGACCCUGUGUGGGACCCCCUCCUACCUGGCCCCUGAGGUCUUCACCCAGGCCUCCACCAGUGGCUACGGGCUGGCUGUGGACCUGUGGAGCCUGGGAGUUCUGCUCUUUGUGUGCCUGUGUGGUUAUCCUCCUUUCCACGAGAGCUUUGGGGGUCAGUCGGUCACAGAGCAGAUCCUCCGUGGAGAGUUCACCAUGGUGCCAUCCAGGUGGAGGAGCAUCUCGGAUCCAGCGAAGGACGUGGUGAGGAAGCUGCUGGUUGUUGAUCCCAGGCGGAGGAUGACCAUCGAGGAAGCUCUGCAGCACCCAUGGUUACAGGAUGGGGAAAUGUUGCAGACGGCUCACGGGCUCAUGUUCCCCUCUGACGAUGCUGCUGUUGCCACGUCAGAGGUGGAGUCAUCCGCCAGGAGGAAACGAGGAAGAGAUGGAGACGAAGAAGAACCUCAGGCCAAACGGAGUCAAGUCCCGCCCCCUGCUCCAGAGUAGAGGACCAAUCGGGUCCAGAUGUUCCUCGCGUCAUGUGACUGCACAUGUUCAGUACAGGAACAUUGUAAAUAAAGUUUUUUGAAUAAAGUACUAAAUAUUUUUCCCAAAAUGGAGUCGAUGUUUUUAAGACAUUUAUGUAAAACAAUAGCUGAUCAAUAAGAUCGGUUGGGUCAAAAUGGCCCCGCCCCUUAUGGCUCUGCUUCAAUAAAACCAUUAUGCUAGGCUACUGCUAACGUAUAGCUAACGUCAACAUUUUAAACUAAGGGGGUGAAACGCCCCAAGAACAUGUGAUCUGGAUAACCAAUCAACCAUUAGCUCGAUUAUUGACCCUUGGCCACGCCCCCAGCAAGAUGUCACA